CGUUUUUUUCGUAUAGAGUUUUAGUUGAUUUCACAACAUUCAAACAAAAUGAAGGGAUUUUUUGGCAUAUUUAUAAUACUAGCCACAGCAUUUGUUGCACAGGGAUACAGAAAGUUUGGUCUGAGCUGUGAGGAUGUAGCUUGUCAAUCGGGCCAAAAGUGCAUCGUAUCCAGACUUCCAUGCAACGGUCCAGAUCAACGAGAGGGAGAACAAUGUGGAUUUUAUACGGAGUGCCAAACAGGUCAGCUGGCCAGCGAUUUCUCCAUCGACACCACACUGACCAUCGCCAACACCCGCAGUAACAUCAUCACACCCAGCACCAGCACCAGCACCAGCAUGAAUCGUAAUCGGACCUAUAGGGAUAAUGACUUUGAGCUGCUGACCGACUUCAGCAAUCUAGAUAAACUUGGCACACAUGCAGGGCAACGGCAGGCCAAUGUUUUGGUCAUUGUCCAGGAUGGGUCUCAGCAACCACAACAACAAAAGCCAAGCCCAUGGCUGAAUCGUGGACAAAGUCCGCCCUGUGCCUUCAGUCCCAUUUAUCCGUAUUCCUGUAAUUAUCCAGGAUAUGCUCCGACUUCAGGAGUGGGGUUAUCUUCCUAUCCACAGACACGAGCCUCCAAUGUGCCACAAUUAGUUCCCCCAACUCCACCUUGCUAUUACAACUGCAUUCCCAGAGGGCGGUCAAGUCCAUACGGCCAAUAUGGAUAUCCCCUGGCUAGAUCAGCCAAUCCCUCAUCAACUAGCAACUACUUAAUUUACCUCACACUGGCUGGCUAAAAAUGCUUAAGAAAUAUUAUUAGA